GGCGCCGCACCGCCCCGCGCCCCGCAGGCUCGCUGGCUCCGGAGACGCGCGGGCGGCCGCCGGGGCGCACCGGCCGGGUCACCUUGUCCGGGAGGAAAAAUGGGUCCCAUGAGGCAAGUGUGACCCUGGAGUGUGGCCGCCAGCUUGACGCCCAGUCAGGGAGAAGGAACACCAUGGAUGGCAUAAUUGAACAGAAGAGCAUGCUGGUGCACAGUAAAAUCAGUGAUGCUGGCAAGAGAAAUGGCUUAAUUAACACAAGAAACUUCAUGGCUGAGAGCAGAGAUGGCCUGGUGUCUGUUUACUCAGCACCACAGUACCAGAGCUGCCGGGUGGUGGGCAGCGCAGCACCAGCCAGCCUGGAUGGCAGCAGGAAUGAGCCGGUCCAGCAGCUGCUGGACCCCAACACACUUCAGCAGUCUGUGGAGUCCCAUUUUCGGCCCAACAUCAUCCUCUACUCGGAGGGUGUGCUGCGCUCCUGGGGGGAUGGUGUGGCUACCGACUGUUGCGAGACCACCUUCAUUGAGGACCGGUCACCCACCAAAGAGAGUCUGGAGUACCCCGAUGGGAAGUUCAUCGACCUCUCGGCUGAUGAUAUCAAAAUCCACACCCUCUCCUAUGACGUGGAGGAGGAGGAGGAAUUCCAGGAGCUGGAGAGCGACUACUCAAGUGACACAGAGAGCGAGGACAACUUUCUCAUGAUGCCCCCAAGGGACCACUUGGGCCUCAGUGUCUUCUCCAUGCUCUGCUGCUUCUGGCCUUUGGGUAUCGCGGCCUUCUACUUGUCUCAUGAGAGCAAAGGAGGAAAGAAGUGCUCACCCAUCCUGUGUGACAUGGAGCAUCACAAGCCAGAAAACCAAAGAAGGCUCUGAGAGCUGGGCUUGCAAAUGAUCUUGGCACAAUUUCUCAUCACCUUGCAAAAUGACUGAUGUUAUGUCUCAGGAACUUAACAGAACUCCAAACUUAGGGGGAAAGGCUUAAAGCAGAAUCAACCUUAGGUGUGCUUCUAAAUAUAUCUUAACUCAUAACAAGUCCCCCUCAGCUCCCAGCAGAGAAUUUUAAUAGUAGUCUGUCACUAUCAAAAAGCGUGAAUUAAGGGUUUUAGUUCAUGGGGGUCGACAAACAGAUGAUUAUAUGAGUCAGGCAUUCAGGGCCUGGGAAGGUUCCCUGAUCCAGAAACAUCGCUGUUUGCCACUCAGGGACAGGGCGUGUCACCCAGCACCAUGGCAAGGACAGUAAUAGUGGCAGUGGCCAUUGUUUCCCAAGCAUUUGCAUGUGCUAGGCACAGGCUAGACAUUUCAUGAGCAUUAUCACACAUGUCCCCUGACAAUUCUUAGUUGAUGGAGAAAAGUGCUUUACAGAUGAGGAAACUGAGAUUCAAGGAGCUUUAGUAACUGGUCUGAGGCCCCAGUCCAUAAAAGCCAAUGAGCAGGACCCAGACCUGGGCUGGGAGACCUGUGUCAGAGCAGACACUUUCAACAUGUCUGUAACCCAACUCUUUGCAAAGCAAACUGGAAGAUACCAUAGCUCUAUGCUGUGCAGAUGAAGGGUCUAGGUGUUUGAGGUUGGGAUUUAGAAGACCAUCUCAGCUGUGUGACCCAGAGAUAGUUACCUUUCUGUGGCCUUUAAGAUAAGAGAAGAUCAGAUCAGAUAAGGCAGUGGUGCCAUCCCAGCACCACAGACAGAACUGUUGUAUGCCUGGAAGAAAGAAGGUGAUCAUGCUCUGCAUAGUCAGUGGAAUGGUGCCAUCUCAUACCUGGACAGCCUCUCCAUGUCCAUAUCUGCCUAAUAUGAACAGGUCUCUGAACAGAAGGGCAUCCCCCAACCCCAUGCAAUCUGCUGGCUGGCCCCUUGGUCAGCUUCCUAAGAUACCUGCCUGCCCGUGGGAUCCCUGCUGAGAAACACUGGGGCUCUGCAGGGCUAGCAGGAUAGAACAGACUCCUCAGCUUGCCAAGGUAAGGACAUGUCUACAGCCUGCCCCUGAUGUCUUGCCUUCACCCAGCUUCAUGCUCCCACUUAUUGCAAUUGCCAAAGCCACCUGCCCCACCCCAUCUCGGAGGCCCCACCCAGAGGCUCUCCCUUCCUGUCAUCAUGCAAGAACACCUGCUUAUAUGAGAGUGAGCAUCACCUCCCUGCUAACAUCUUUCCAAAGACCCUGAGUGCUGAGUUCUGCUAUCUGCCUUGCCGUGUAGCUCCUUGGACAGGAAGCUCUUCUCUAGUUAGAUAAAGGGCCCAUGAUCCCUAGAUGACAAGAAUAUAAAUAAGGUUGGAAUCUGCAUUCUUAGCAUCUGGAGGCAGGAGAGGAUGGGCUUAUGAGGCUUGGGGGUGGCUUGGUGGAAAGGGGAUGCUGCCUCCCAAAUGGGGUGAGGGCUGCUCACAGUGCUGAUUAAAGUUGACAAAGGAAAACACACGGGUGAUUGAGGGAGUUAUGCAUCCCUUUACAACCUUAACAUACAUCACUAGAGUGUUUAGUAUUCAAGGGACCCGUGCCCUGGCAAAGGAGUGUAGUAAAUACUCCUCUGUGUGUCUGACUGGUUGGGGUAAACACUAAAACAUGGAGGCAGCAUCUAUGAGGGACUUGGCAUGUAAGAGCGCUUUUCCCAAAAGCCUUCCAUUCUCAUUGGCUGAAAAAAGCAACUUGGGGGGAUUAAUUUUAAGGUCCCUAAUUUAAAAUUCUGGAGUGAUCAAGGCAAUAUAUUCAAUUAGACCUUAGAAAUUGAGGCUAGCAAAAUGCAGUGAGAAAGGAUCACCUACACACAGGAAAUGAGCUAAUCCUCCACUGGGAUCUUUUUUUGGAGGUUGCCAGGGUAUAAAUAAGACAUAAAUAUGAUUAAAGUACUAAUUGACAAAUUGUCAUCAAAGAGAAGUCCUGCUUCGCCUGUUUAAAUGCUCGGAAUAUAUUUAGAAUAUUUAUCAUGUGUAAAUCAAUGUAACUCAAACACAGAAGCCCUCUUUUUCAACACGGACGUGUUGAGGAAAAUGAACAGAAUGUAACAAUAGCUUAGAGUUUGGGCGAUGUGUCAGGAAAAGCUUCAAAAAAUAUGAAUGGUGAGGUAUUUUAAAUGCAGUGCUAUUACUUUCAAGGACUUCUAGCACCUGGCAAUUAAACAGUUUAUAUUUCAAAGGAGUUUUUUUCAGUGGCCUACUUUAGUAAAUGAAAGCUAAUCAUCAAAAUUAACAAACAAUUUGUACAUGUUUAUCAAAUUCUUACAUACAUUAGUGUGAAGUAGUAAGGCCACGUCCUUGCUGAUAUUUUAACAUCCAUUUUAUUGGUCCUCAUAGGUUUUUGUUUCUCCUAAUAAAGCUGCCCCUCCCCUCUGCUACUCUCACAAAGCUGCAGGUACCCUAACAGCCAUCUGAAAUGAGCCAGGGGACAAGAGUCUCUCCAGUGUGGCAGGGGACACAACUUUGAAAAUCAAAGACUCCAAGACCCAUUUGGAGUCCCUAGGUGGUAACUCAGGCCAGGUCUUCUUACCCUAGGUCCUGCCUCCUUUGAGGGUCUGCUCUGCAGCCCCUUCCUCUCCCUGAACCGGACUCCUACCCCACUGUGAGAGGCCACUUCUGAAUUUCUGGACACCCUGCAGGGGGCCUGGGAGCACCCAGAUGCUGCUCCACCCACUCCGUCCUCCCUGUGGCCCAGGGCUCAGCGGGCUUCCUCCCUGUCCAGAACACACCUGGACCCCCCUUCUGUUGGUCUCUCCGCACAGGCACCUUUGCAAACAAGACACAGGCCCUCAGUUUACCCCCAACUGGCUGUCCCUGGACAGAGGAUCAGCGGGUCUUUCUCUUCUCCAUCAUCCAUCCAGCAUGCUGCUCCCCAGAAUGCUGAGUGUCCUCCUCUUAACACAGAGAGCAGAGGCUAGUUCCCCUUCUCCUCUUGUCUUAGAGAGGAGGUCCCUGGACUCCUAAGAAGUUGGUGGAUAUUAUUCAGAGCAUCUAUGAGCUUGGAUUGGAAAUGAAGUACAUCAUGAUUUUUACCAACAUCUAAAAAAUAUGGCAUUUCCUUCAAUUAUGAAUGUAGGCAGCAAACCACAUUGUUGUAGCUACAUCAUCAGUAGAAACCACAAUGUCUCCACAUCCUAAAAUGUUAUUUAUGCUUAUAACUAUUUUGAAAACCCAAGUACUAGUUACUAUUUAGUGCCUUCAUAAAGUAGCAAAUUUGUUAAUAUAAUCACAGUUAUGACUUUUUCACAGAUUUAUUUCAGUGUAUUUGGUUCCUAUUAUAACCUUAUACAUUUUAUUUUGUGAAUUUAAAAGCCCAGGGGAAAGCCCAUUUAUCAUAAGGGAACAGGAGAGGAUCAGAGUCCCCAGCCUUUCCCGGGAAAGCUAUUGGGUUCCUUCUGUCCGAGGGCAAAGGAGAGCCCCAGAGUGUGGUCCUGCCGCAUCUCUGCAAGUCAGAGCCCCGGGUCUCACUGGCACGGAGGGCCCCGCCUGCCUCUCCUUCUCUUGCCAAGCUUAUUCCUGAUCUGGCAAAUUAUGCUCCUGCUAGCCUGUUACUCUGCCAACAUACAAAGCCCCCAAGGAGAAAGACAUCAUCCCAACAGCACUUUCAUUACCUUUAUAUUUUACUCUUGUCUUUCGAAGCUAGGAAAAGAUGUUCUGUAUUAAAAUGUUCCUUCCCGCAGUGCAUAAUGCUAAUGUCCUCCACAUAAUAAAGCUAAUGGAAUAUUUUACACACUGAAAAUAGACACAGUGACCUUUUCUUCUUUCUGGAAGAGUCUCUUAUUUCUUUUCUCUCUCACUCCCUUCCUUCCACCUUGCUUUUUGUUUUGUUUUGUUUUGUUCAUUUUGGAUGUCAGUCCCCUAUAGCCAAGCAACCAGGGCCUUUUCUGGAAUUAGUAUUUCCUCAGUUGAAGCAACAACAACAACAGAGAAAACCAUCAGAUAAUAUAAAGGGCAACAAAAGCACUCAUUUCCUCCAGUUAUGGCCUCUGCAAAGUAUCAGGCUCUUGUAUGAGAAGAUUCAGACCUUGGGGAGCAGCUGGGAGUGCAGUUCACACCCCAGGUUGGGGGGCUUUUGUUUCAAUCAGCCUCCUGUAAUUUAGAUCUGCCAAAAGGUGUAGAGGGAGGCUGUGGUCUUGGCUUUAUCAUUUUUUUUCUUUCCAGCUUUAUUGAGGCAAAAUUAAUAAAUAAAAUUGACGUAUUUCACAUAUAUAAUGUAUCACUUUGUUUGAAUGCUGGAACAGUGUGAAAGUUGGUGUUCAGCC